GGCUUGUUUGCUCUCCGGGGUUGGUGCUUCCAGCUUUACGGGUCCAGGGAGUUUACUGCACAGCAUGGAUCAACUAGCGCCGUGCAGUAUCACCGCCUGUAGAGAUAUGUAGCACAUUACGCACUUAUUUCUUCCACAAGAAAAUGCCGUUUUAAAGCUGACUCUAGACGGGCUUGGUGAUGUCACUGCAUUCAGAUCUGACUAGAAGCACUGCAUUCGGGAUUAUGUCAACAGUGGUGUUUCGUGGAGAGAUUAGAAUGAACAUGUAUCUUCAAGUAUAUUAUUAAAGCAGCCAAACACGAUGGAUAAUCGACGGAAAAGGAAGCUGACGUUCUUUACAAUUGGGCUUAUAUUUCUUCUAAGCGGUGUGGAAUAUGCGGUAAUAUUGCCCACAAUAUGGAGGUAUUUGCAGACAUUGGAUGCAGCACCCUACUUUCUGGGUUUGGCCCUGUCGGCAUUCAGCUUCAGCGGGCUCCUGACGGGACCGCUGUUUGGCCACUUGUCUGACCGAACGCAGACCACCAAGAAGAUCAUUUUAUUUGCCAACUGUUUUGAGAUGAUUGGUAAUUUCAUGUACUUUAUGGGCUACUCCAAGUGGCUGUUACUGUCAAGCAGACUGGUGGCAGGCAUCGGCACCGGUGCUGGCUCAUCCAUCUUUGGCUUCCUGACCCGAAGCACCUCCCCCGACGACCGCGCCACUGUAUUUGCUGCUGUCAUGGCAUGUCGACAAGCUGGCCUUCUGAUUGGUCCAGCAUUUAACAUCUUCCUGAGGCUGUGUGAUUUCCACCUGGGUCCUUUUGUGGUCAAUAAAUAUACUGCGCCAGGGUUGUUCAUGUGCCUGCUGUGGACUCUCCUUCAAGUGGCGGUGAUCUUAAUGUACUGGGACCUACCGCCUCUAGAGAAGGGGAAGGCCAAGAAGAGUCUGACAAGCCAGAGCAGGGAGGAGGUGGAGGAGGAUCGAGGGCUUGUGGAAGACGACAAUGACGAGGAAAAGCCGCUAAUGGGGUCGCAGGAGCUGGGGGGGUCCUACGGCACAGUUGUGACAGCCAACGACUCAGUUGUGACAUCCAACCCAGCCGGAUACGAUGCCUCUGCUGCCUCAAAGGACACGUUGAAUCAUAUCUCUCCACCUCCCUCUCCUGUGCCACCGGAGUCCAAUCCGUCUUCCAGCCCCCUUAAGAAUUUCAGCAUAUCCCGAGAGUUCCUGAGAGAAGAAGUAGUCGUGCUGCUGGCUGCUCAGUUCAUCACCCUCUUCAAUCAGACAGCGCUGGAGACCAUGGUGACUCCGAUGACCCAGAAGUACUUCAGCUACGGGGAGCUGGAGAACAGCGUGAUGUACUGUCUGUGCAGUGUGGAGGUGAUCGCCGGCUUCCUGUUUGUGCGCUGGCUGAGCCAGCGUGUUGCUGAUCGAGUGGUCCUGGCCGUCGGUCUGAUCAUUUGCAACAUCUCCGGUGUCUGGUGCAUCAUCUUCUUGGCUAACCCACUAGGUGGUUUCUCCUGGCAGCUAACUGAGUUCAUCAUUGGGGUGUUUCUGCAGGUUUUGGGUUUGCCAUUUGUAGCCGUGGCUCAGGUUUCCCUCUUCUCCAAAAUUACUUCUGAGAAAACACAAGGGUUCAGUCAGGGAGUGCGGCGCUCAGUGGGAGGCCUAGCUACCAUCCUGGGCCCUCUGUGGGCUGGUGGCCUCACCGAGAACAUGUAUAUCAUGAUGGGGGUGAUGAUGGGACUGCUGGCACUGCUAACGGUGAUGAUGGCUUUCUCAUACAAGCGGCUAGUUGCACCUGCUACAGAGGAGCAAGUGGAUGACUCGGACAACUGUGGCUGAUGUGAUGCAAUACGAUUAGAUAUGGAAGUGGAGGAUUCCCUGUCCUGUACCUUACACACCAUCCACAGUUUCACUUUCUGCAUUGGGACCAGCAUGCAGAGUGAUAACACCCACACGCACCAACAGCACACACCUCACUUCCUCCCGAGGGCUUACUUAAAACUUGGACUGGUCUAAUUUGUCUACAGAGGUUAAUCAAAACACUCGUAUGGUGUAUACGUACGUUUCCCAUGGAAAUAUGGAAUCCUGCUGCGUGUGCAAGCUCUGGAUGAAAAACAUUUCCAUCCUUUUGUGUUCUGUACCGGUACUACACUGGGUUCAUCACACUCUGACUUUAAUGAACAUGCCAAAUGUUUGUGGAUUUAGGUGACCCAUGUCCUUGAGCUGUAUGAGAAUAAAUUAGCUGUUGCUUUGA